AGUAAGUAGUACUUUACAGUAUUUUUACUUAAUUACUUUACACCUCUGGUCUUGAGUGGUUUCAUAGUUUUACUUCUACUAAAAGAGAAGUCUUCCAUACUGACUGAGGGAAGUCACAAACUCUGUCCGUGAAGAGUUAACUUUUCAGCAGUAUUCUGCUGCCUCCCCAGUCCGUCUCCUCCUCCUCUCCUCCCACCAUAUAAACAAAACCGUUAUAUUUGUACUGUUGUUAUUUUUUCCAUUUCCUGGAUUCGCCAAGUCCGUUGGAGUUCUACCCAGGCGCGCAGGGGGAGAGAGAUGGCACACAGUGAGAACCAACAGUCGUCCUUUUCUGAUAUAAUAGAAUUAAACGUCGGAGGGCAAGUGUAUGUAACUCGACAUGAAACUUUAGUCUCCGUCCCAAACUCUCUCCUGUGGACUAUGUUCGCACAGAAGAGCCCUACAGAACUACCGAAAGACAGCAAAGGACGUUACUUCUUUGACCGGGACGGAUUUCUGUUCAGGUAUAUUCUGGAUUAUCUGCGGGAAAGGGACAUCGUUCUACCGGACUUCUUUAAGGAGAGGGGUCGGUUACAGAAGGAGGCAGAGUUCUUCCAGCUGCACGAGCUCGCACAGCGCCUCAGACCGGCAGUGAGUAAAGAUAACUCUCUCGGGGACGAGCUGUGCGCCCAUGGGGACCCGGAAGAGGCUUCUCUCGCCUGCGCUCUGGGUAGUAGCAGCAUCACCACGACCGCGGUGAGCAGCCCGACUCCGAGCCUUCUCUCCCCGUUCCAGAAGCAUGGCUAUAUUACCAUUGGUUACCGGGGCUCCUACACCAUCGGGAGGGAUAUUCAAACGGACGCCAAGUUCAGGCGUGUGGCCAGAAUAACGGUUUGCGGAAAGACGUCCCUGGCCAAAGAAGUUUUCGGUGAGACUCUGAAUGAGAGCAGAGACCCGGACAAACCACCUGAGAGGUACACCUCCCGGUACUAUCUGAAGUAUAACUUUCUCGAGCAGGCGUUCGACAGGCUCGCGGAGGUCGGAUUCCGCAUGGUGGCUUGCAGCUCCACGGGCACGUGCGCGUACGCGAGCAGCGACCCGAACGAGGACAAAAUCUGGACCAGCUACACCGAAUACGUGUUCUCCCGGGACUGAACAACCCGUUACCGGGCCGCUAGGUAGCUUUACCUGAGGGUACCGGGACAGUGACGUCACGUGAUGCUCACCUGUACGGUAGAGAGACUACCUGCAGAAAUGUGAAAACCCCUCUAUCUUCUCUAUAUGUCCCAUCUGAUUAUGGGAAAGGUUAAAGGUUACUGAGGAUUAUUCUGUAAGGACAUAUUGGUUGCUGUUUUGCCCAGGCCUAUAUACGGUUUGACAGGCUGUUGAACCUAACUCCCUCCUGGCGUUGUUUUGUUUUGACAGGCCUAUAUACGUUUAAUGGAGGUAUGUUUCAUGUUGCAGACCAGUUUAUAUUAUACAGUUAUAUGACUGUUGUGACAUAAUGCUCUCAAUGUGUUUAUACUAACAUUAACACACACACACACACACACACACACACACACACACACACACACACACACACACACACACACACACACACACACACACACAUACACAUACACACACACACACACACACACACACACACACACACACAUACACAUACACACACACACACACCACACAAACAGUCACACACACACCACACAAACAUUAACACACACACACACACACACACACACACACACACACACACACACACAUACACAUACACACACACACACACACACACACACACACACACACACACACAGUAACACACACACCACACAAACAUUAACACACACACACACACACACACACACACACACACACACACACACACACACACACACACACACACACACACACACACACACACACACACACACAUUAACACACACACACACCACACAAACAUUAACACACACACACACACACACACACACACACACACACACACACACACACACACACACACACACACACACACACACACACACACACACACACACACACACACACAUUAACACACACACACACCACACAAACAUUAACACACACACACAGUCAGAUUGGGGAUCCUACUUAGGCAGCCCGUUUUCCCACCUUAAGUUGUGGGAUGUUGUUUAUAAUCAGCAGAACGUUACGUUUGGAUUUGUGUUUGGUUGGAAUUCAGUAUUAAAAACCAUCAACACUUU